GGCACACUAGUGUGCCACGGCACAGUCGUUGAAAAACACUGAGCUGGAGGUCCGAUCAGGUCUUGUCCCAGAUCGCCGAGGUUGGUGGGAGUGUCAUAGCCGUUUGAGAGAGCAAAACAGCAGCAGCAGCGUCCUCCGAAGCCCAUAUCGGCAUCUUUCUUUCUCAAUGUAAUGCAAAAGUAGCUGUAUUUUGUUCUAUACUGCUUGCCCUCAUUAGGGCCCAUGCUGACCUCGAGCGAGAGGCGGGGCACACCCUGGACUGGUCGCCGGCCAAUCACAGGUUUAGAAACAAAGCUUGUUAUGACGUACAUGAUACUGCCAAUCAGCGGCCUGUGUUUAUUACGUGCUGAGACGCUUUUGCUCCCCGCGCGGUCUUUAAUCUUUACUGCUACCCUGUGGAAGAGACCACGCAACACUAUACGCAAUUCCCCAAACUACUCGUGGAAAAAGACUUCUGCAAGGAUGAGCAGCAACGUGCGCAGGUGUCUGUUUGGCCCGGUGGACCACGAGCAGCUGCAGCGAGACUUUAAGCUGAAACUCCGUGAAAUCUCGGUGGAGGACAGCCGGCGAUGGAACUUCAACUUCCAGGCCGACACGCCGCUGCCUGGCAUGUUUGAGUGGGAGCCUGUAAACUGCACCGCCGAUUUCUACCAGGAGUCCUCCCAAAUGAAGGACUCUCGCAUGCAGGUCCAAACGGAGGAGAGCAGCAACAGCAGCAGCAACCAGGAGAACUGCCUCAGCUUCUCCAACAAGCGUCCGGCUGAAGUGACGCCAGUCCGGAGGAAGAGGAGCCUCUCCAAGAUGGUGGGCAAGCCCAGAGAUAAUGCACCAAUCACAGACUUUUUUGUCAAGAGGAGGAGGACCACGGAGAGCAAACGCAGCAACUUUUUCAAAAGUUCCAAAACAAUACGAUGAUCAUCUUGUACAAAUUCGUAGUCGGAAGAAGCGGGGCAUGUAUUUGACCCUCAUACGUUUACUGUACAUGUUGACACUUAAGUAUUUUUUGUUUGCUGACAUUUUUUAAUUUAAAUUGUGUUCACUUUGAAAUAUUAAGGAAAAGGAAGCUUUUUUUUUCUUUAAAUGAGGAUGAAAUAAGAUGAACACUUAAUAAAAGUUACAACAUGGGGAUACAUGUUGUUUUCAUGUUCAACUGAGCGUUCAAAAAUCAGAUACAAAUAAAAAUAGCUCAGUAAGAAUAAGUUGGAUGAAGGGGCCACUUAAUUUUGUAAAAAUGCUAAAAAAAUCAAACCCAAACAAACCAAAAUGUUAUAUAUGCAGUAUUUUUUAAAGACGAGGCUUCGUAUUAUUAGUGGUGUCAACAUUCCAGUUUUUUCUCCACACAUUGUGCCUUUUUGCUCUUUUUUUAUGGUUUAAUUUUAUUUCUAAAAUACCUUUGGACACCCUUGCUUCACACGAUGAAGUGGACCUUCUCUUUGUAGCAAUGCUGUUUCCAAUGGCAAGAUCUUUAUGGAAAUGCUGCUCCUAUUAUUUUAUUUAUUUUUUAAUUUCAUUUGAAGUUUGAGACUGGGCGCCUUUUGUUAUUUAUUCUAUUUAUAUUCACUUUAAGUUAAUGUGCUUGUUUUUAUUUUAUUUUUUUUUAGUCAGUAUUAUUGUUUGGUGAGCAGGUUUGUUUCUGAAAGUUUGUUUGAUUUGCAUGUGCUGUACAAUGUACAGUCCUUCCUUUGUUGAUGAAUAAGGAAAGCACGACUGUGUUUUAAUGUCUGAAAUGAGUCAAAGAAGGUUGUACG